AAAGCGACUCCUUCGCAUCAGAGCCAUCGUGUGGAAAUGUGUGAACUAAUGGAUGCAAGCAAAGAAUAACACUGGUGGAUAAUAGUCAUGGAAGUAUGCCUGUGGUGUACAAAAAACCGCAAGGAUGUGGCUGAAUAUCUGGAAAAGUAUGCCUCCAAAGCUCUUGACGAGGAGGAGUACUGUACUGCCACCAAUGACUUGAAGGCAUGUGCUGAUUGCGUGACAGAGUAUCACCUGGCACGUCCCACGCUACCUCAUAUGCACAAGCACCUAUGGCAGCUUGAAACCUCACGCCUGCUGGCCCACUUCUCUCAGUUGGCUGCGGAGGAGCUUGAAGAUGAUGACCUCUUCUUGGUGGAGGACAACGUGGAGAAGCCAGUGUCGAAGAUGUCCCUACAUGACAUUGAGGCAGCCCUUCUGAUAGCAGUCACAGAGAUUCUGCAGCAUCCAUACCUGUUGGCUCAUCCUGAAUUAAGUGACGUGUGUCUUGAAGCCUUGUCUAGGAUCGACUCCAGUGCCAUAACAGAGAAAUAUAAGGGUAUUUACCUGUUGCUAGUCCACCCUAAUGAAAAGGUCAGAAGCUGGGCAAUUGAAAAGGCACAGAGUCUGCCGAGUGUAGACCGUGAUGAUUUCUAUGACUUGGAGGACGUCCUCACCUGCAUGUUCCAGGUGCUUGAACUGGGCAUGUCUUUUACGGUGGAGGACUCCUCUCUACCGGCAUACGAUGGCAAGCUCAUGUACCUACCCACCCACCUAUAUGACUCAAACAGUGAGAAGAACUACUGGCUCGGUAUAUGCAUGUUGUUAACCUGUCUGGACACAAAAGCAAUGGACUCCUUGUUUUUUGGCCGAAGUAAAAAGGCCAACAUCCUUCAAUUGAUCUUCAACGCAAUGGAUGGAGAUGUGUUUGACAACACCUCGGAGUCCUUCUGGGCAGCUCUUCAAUGUUUUAUGGUCAUUUUGGACCGCAUGGGCUCGCUUAUCUGGGGAUACGUAGAUCCUGCAAAAGCGUUCAACAAAAUUGCCCACAACUCCACGUAUCAGUCAAAAAUAAAUACGAUCAAGCACUGGGUCAAGGUGAAGGAAGAGCAUCACAGUGAUCACGACGAUGUGACGUGUAGCCAGAUGGUGGUUGACACAUUCCUCAAACAAAAAUCAACACAGGUGAACUCAGUGAAGGGUGAAAAAGAGCUCUACAGGGGCAUGACUUACCUUAACAGUCUGCUCCGCACAGAGCUUGGCAAGGAGAUGCAUUCGUCCAGCAGCGAUAGUGCCUUCCUCUGGUUCAUCCCCUACGUGCGGUCUGUCAUGGGCAUGGAGCUCGCCACCAGCUAUGUUGGGCAGGUGGUGCAGUUCUUGGGCUGCCACAGCAUGCAAGCCCAUGUUGACUUGACCACUGUGUUUUUCGCCUACACGUUGGCCUAUGUGGUGGAGAUGCUGCUGACGGAGAAACGGAGUGACAUUUUGCACAGUUGUUCAGAGAUCUGGACAAAGGUCAUCGUUCGAGGCAGCAGGAUCGAUAUGAACGCUGCCUGGGAAUCUGGGAGGGGAAUCUCCUCAGUGUCCUCAACGUCCAGAAGGAACUCCAGUGACUCUGCAUCAAUGAGCAUGACCAGAACCCUCCAGGAUGCGUGCUUGAAAAACAUCCGCUUGCUUUUGAAGGAGGGAGGCUGUCAGAGUCUAGAGAUGGAGAAAAAGAGGGUUUUUUUCCUGAACCUCUUGAACAAACACAUGCGUGGCACAGCAGCAGCGGAAUGGAAUUUAACAAAAUCUGAAUGCAGCGACUUGCACAAGUGCCUAAUACAUCUGGUUUCGGACAUUGGUAGACAGGGAACCACAUUGUCUGUGUCUGUGUCUGCCCUCCCAACUCCGCCCGCAGAGACGGCUGCUAUGGAGUGCCCCUUUAUCAAAAAGGAGCCUUUGGAUUCUACCCCCGCAAGGACCACUGAUUUUAAAAAUGCAUCUGUCAAAGACCAGCGACCCAUUGCUUUGAAGAAUCUGAAGCUCGAUCCGGACAGAAUACAGGCCAUCAGUUCUCAGCUUUCUGAGAACUUGUCAAGGAUGCCAGCCUUGGAGAGGCAUAAGCGUGUUGAGGGAAGCGCUGGCAGAUCGUCAGAAUUUCCAGCUAAACGGAAAAGCUCACUAGAGGAUCCUCAGCCCUCGACCUCCAAAAGUCCCCAGAUGUCAUCCUGGUCAGUUGACUCAGACAAAGAGGACGAUGAGCCAUUGAAUGUUGUCCAGAAAAAACUUAUUAAAAAGAAAGGGAAAAAAUUACCAGUUGAAGGGAAAAAAUUACCAGAUGAAGCCGCAGUGUCCCCUUCUACAACAGAAGUGCAAUCUAAGGACGGGGGUGAGAGUCCUGGCCGCGAUUUCAGUGGUGAUCUCAGUGAAUCACAAGUGUUUGAGUUUGAGACCCAGGAGGAUGUUGUGUCUGCUUGGGGUGACACACAUUUUGAAUCUGUGGGUCUCAAGGCUAGCUCUCCUAAGCGUACCCUCAGUACUACCUCUGAGACAGGGGUUGAAAAGGCAAAAUCGCCGACCUUUAAAGUUCCUAAAAACAAACCAAAGGCCCCUCUCCUCAUUGAGGCAAAACCCCUGCCAAAGAGGAAAAUGACUGCAGCUCGCUAUGCAGCCAAGUCGGCAAACCUUGAAGACUCAGUGGAGAGUCCUAGCACUUUACCGGUUUCCACCCCUCCAAUUUCCAAUAAGAACUGUGAAUCCCCUGUCUCCACCUCUCCUCCUUUUACAGUCCCUGUGAAGAAGGUCCGUGAAAACCCGGUUUCCAGCUCUACCCCGUUAAUAGUUCCCCCAAAGAAGGUCCGUGAAGCUCCGAAACCUCAGUCAGAGGUGGAACGCAUGGGCCUUAAGAAACGUAAAAGGACGGCUUUUGACUUGUCACAGCGGUCUUUGGAUUAUGUGGGUGAACUUCGUCGACAUGGUCAAGGAUGCCAUGUAGAGUCUGGGUCCAACAAGUCAAAGGGCAAGAAACAAAAACUUCUGCAGUCACAAGAACUGCAGUUCUUCAGACAGAGCCGAAAACAGACUCAGAAGGCUAACAUGACCUCACCAACUAGGCCUACCACCAUCUUGCUUCCUGUUCAGCAGGCUCAGAAAAACACUCCGCAGGCAGAAAAGGAAAAGCAAAGGGACAAUGGACUAAAGAAAAAGCAAAAGGUAAAUGAGCCAAAGGCAGAGUGUGCUACAGAUGCAUGCAUGAAGAACCAUGAGCCACAGUCUAAUGGUGGAGGUGGAGAUGGUCCCUCCACUAGCACGGUGGUUGACUGUAGUGGUGCUAAGGACUUGAAGGAAGAGGACAUUGAGAAUCACGACUGGAAUCUGACCCUGCUGGAUCCUUCUGAUAUGGAACUCUGCUCCCAAUUGGAGCAGUUUGAACAAGAAAUUCAUUACAUUGAUGACGACGACGACGAUGAUGACGACUCCAUCUUCCUAACGCAAAAGGAUCCUAUUGACAUGGAUAUUGAAGUGGAUGAACCCACCACUACAAUAAUUACAACCAUAAUAAUGCCUGCAGACCCUCCUAAACCAACUACUCCUCCACCAUUGCCUUCAGACCCACCUAAAGCAACUACUCCGCCUCCGGUGUUACCACAACCAGCUAAAUUACAGGCCCCACAUCCUCCCUCAUUACCCCAACCACCAAAAGGACUGAUGCCGACGACCUCUAACAACAGAAAUGAUGAUUCAUUGUUCCUGAAGCCUGGGAUGUCCCCUAUGACUCAGAGAAAAGCAAGGCCGUCGACCACAAAGAUCUACAAUCCUAGUUCGCGCAGCGAGACUCUUGUGAAGGACAUGGCACAUCCAGUUCCAGCUCCCAAAGCAAAGCCUGCGCCGCAGAGACUUAUGCGUCCUCCACCUGUGCCGCCACCUAAACGUGUUCAAUGGGGUCAGCCGGAUAGACCACCAGAGGUGCAGAAACCCCUUCUACCUGCUCGACCCAUUCUACCUGUUGAGCCCUCUUACAAACCUCUCGUUCAGCCAGCCCCCUCUUACAAACCUCUCGUUCAGCCAGCCCCCACGUAUGGAAUUUCACAUCCUGUUGCCCGGCCCCAGAUGCACCCCUCAUCGAGCAGCAACCAAGCCUUUGUUCAGAGUUUAAGGCCAACAACGUUCAAAGCCAAAAUACUUAAAUGGGAGUACAAGUGGUUUGAAGAAUAUAAGCAGUUUGGGGCCCCAGAGUCCCUCUGCAAUAGGUCUGCAAAGGUGCCGGAGAGCUUCGCUUCUUUCCAGGACUAUUUUCAGACCUUCUUCCCCAUGAUGAUGACCAACACGUUUGAGGAGCUGGCUACUGAAUGGCAGAGGGAGGAUCGUGUCAAAAUGCAGCUGGCUGUAAAGUCUGCUGAUUACAGCUCUUUGGACAUGGGCCUCUUCAAAGUUACCAAUGCCAACUUGGCUGCUAAUCUCACACCCCACCAGGAGUCCAGACAGUUGUAUCCAAAGGAAGAUGAUGUAGUGAUCCUGUGGCUUCCACAGAGAUCUCUGUCCUACCUCAAUGAUGGGCACAGACCUGAUUUCCAGAAACACUUUGGCAUUGUCUCCCGCAGCAAUGUAAUUAACGCAGGUGGGAAGAAAGAGCUGAAAUUGAUGGUCCAGACGUGUGGGGAUGUGCUCUCCGUCCACAAUCAGCUGGUGCAGUGCGAGGUGGUCGGCAGCAUUUUAAGUACCAUGCGAGAGUUUAAUGCUCUCUGCCAGAUUCAUGACAAAGCGUUACUGAAAACACUUCUGAGGCCAGCAGAUUACUUCGCCCAUGUCCUCCCUGUAAGCGCAGGGCAUGACAGUGAGUCAAUGAUUGAGGGCGUCAAUGCAGAUCAAGCUAAGGCAAUAGAAUGUGGCGUGGCCAUGGUGAUGAGCGACCAGCAGGUCCCAAAGAUAUGCCUGGUCCACGGGCCCCCUGGUACCGGAAAGAGUAACACCCUCGUACACUUACUGUACCGCCUGUCACAGGCUGGAGCCAAUGACGCCUCGGGACGGAAACGCUUGCAUGCACUGGUCUGUGCUCCUUCCAAUGCUGCCAUUGACAACCUGAUGAAGAAGAUCAUUGUGUUCUUCAAAGAAAAGUGCAAAGAUGGGAAGGCCAAAGGCAACUGUGGCGAUGUUAACCUUGUACGACUGGGCAAUGAGAAGACUAUCUGUACGGACGUGAUGGCAUUCAGUUUGGACCGUCAAACUAGGAGCAGAACGGAACGGGCCCAACAGCAGGAGCGGGGUAUUACACAGAGAAUUGUGGAGUUGGAACAGAGUAUGUAUAACCUAUCCCAUAUGCGUGCCAUGACUACAGACCAACUGCAGCUUAAACAGCUUCAGGCCAAAGAUAUGCAGCUAAAUGAGGAGAGACAGAGGCUGAGCCGUCAAAAGAAAGAGUGCAACAGUGACUAUCGGAACACACAGCGCUCGCUGCUGCAGGAGGCUAACAUCAUCUGCUGCACCCUGAGCACCAGCGGCAGUGUGGUACUGGAGGCUGCGUUCCGACGACGUGGACGCGUGCCCUUCAACUGCGUAAUCAUAGACGAGGCAGGGCAGGCAACGGAGACAGAGACUCUGAUCCCGCUGAUGUACCGCUGUCGCUCCAUUGUGUUAGCAGGGGACCCAGAGCAGCUGCCACCCACUGUCAUAUCCCAGAAAAUGAAGGAGCUGGGAUAUGACCAGUCCCUGAUGGGGCGCCUCUACGAUUGUGUGCACCGCAUGACUCCGCCCCGUGUUCACUUCCUGAGCCAGCAGUACCGCAUGCAUCCUGAGAUCUGCUCCUUUCCCUCUAAACAUAUCUACAAGAACCUGCUCAAGACCAACCCGGCGAUUGCUGCAUUGCGCUUCUGCAAGGACUGGCCCUGCGAGUCCUACAGGGUGUUUGAUGUGGCUGAUGGACAGGAGCUGAGGGAGAACGACACCUACAUCAAUCCCAAGGAGGUCAAGCUGACGGUGGAGUUGGCGCGCCUGGUGACCGAGCGGUGCCAACAACGCGUCCCACCCCAGACCUUACGCGGCGUCAUCGGAGUCAUCACUCCCUACAGUGGGCAAAAAUAUCGCAUUCGCAAUGCCCUCCAUGAAAAAGGCCUGACCAAAGUGGUGGUGGACACAGUUGAUGGCUUUCAGGGUAGGGAGAUGGAUUGCAUCAUCGUGUCCUGUGUUCGAGCCAGCAAUGAGAUGGGCUCCAUUGGCUUCCUGAGCAGUCGUCAGAGAAUGAAUGUCACCAUCACCAGAGGCAAAUUCAGCCUCUUCGUCCUUGGACACCUGUGCACACUCAGGGAGCACAAGGACUGGAGAGCAUUGAUAGCGGAUGCCGAGAACCGUGGCAUUGUCAUCAAGACGCAGGAGCAGCAGUUCAAAACCGACGCCUGCAAGAUUUUCAAGCGGGAAGCCAGAAUGUCAGCAGUGCCUGUGGAGCAGCCUAGGGACACAAGGCAGCCUCCGAACACCUCGUCUUCCUUCUCCUCCUCCUCAGUCAACCUUCCUCGGCCUCCUUCCUCCUCCUCCUCCUCUGUCAACCCUCCUCGGCUGCACUCCAGGGAUCCCAGGCUCAUGGGAAGAGAACGGGAGAGAGAACGGGACCGGGGCAGGGGCAGGGACCGGGACCGGGACCGGGACAGGGGCCGUCGCCAUAGGCAUUAAGGGCCCAAUGAGUCUUUUUUUUGUUGUUUUUUUCCUCAAGAGUGUUUAGUUUUGUAUAAAUUUUAAUUGCAAAAUGAUCGUGGUUUUUAUGUUUCUAGUGUUAUACAUAUGUAAAUAAAAUGUAUCUGCUUCUCUUAAAAAGUUUAUUUUUUGCCACUUGUUGAGGCAGAAGUUCCUUGAGGGAAGUAUUUUCCACAAAGUUAACUCUUUUGUGGGUUUUUUUUCUAUCUAAGCUGUAUCAAUGUGGAUGAUCUGGUCCUAUGAGAGCUGGCUGAAAUGCUGUAUGCCCUGGACCAGGAGACAAUGUGCAGGAUCCUGGCCUUGCUAGGAUGAGUAGCGCCCAUUUUCACAUCAUCCCGACUUGCCAAGUACUGUUCCAAAGUGAAGCAUGCUUCAAAAUCUACCAAGUGCCACGCUCUUGAUUCGCAGCAUUUCCAAGGCCUUGACAAAAUAUCCAGAAUCCUUCAUGUUUUCACACUCUCACUAGACUUUCCCACACCCGUAAGUAAAAAGCGAUCAUGUUGAAGAACAAUAGGGUUGGUAGUACCAUGGUGUUUCUGAGAAAAAUGGCUUAAAAUGUCUCAACAUAAGUUUGUCAUUGUUUGCUUGUGCUCAUUACGUUUGUGUUACUUUUCAGCGCUUUUGACUCCGGACAUGAAUGUGUACUGCUAUGAAUUGAUCUGAACAUUCAUGGACUUUUUCAACUUACUACAACCAUCGACCAUGUUAACAGUUUAAAAUCAGUUGAAAAUAACUGUGUUGUGCCCAAAGCGGAACUGCUAUCACGUUCACUUCCACGCAUGUUCCAUUCCUAAUCGUUUGUUAUGCUUGUGAGGUUUCCAGCCUCAUAUUGUAAGUGUGCGACUUCAAGGCUGUGGCACUACCAAGGGAAGCAUCCUUGACAUUGAGAUUCGCCCACCGUCUAGCCAGAGGUGGACAAAUUAGAUGGAGGGGGUAAAAGGUCUGCCAGAGCCAUCUAAUAGCAGAGUUGCGCAAACCGGGGACCAGGAAGUCGGUUGGUGAUGUGAUUUGCGUAGAUUAAAAUGUUUUUUUAACAGUAAACUUCUGUUCGUUGGAAACUAACACAGAACCAUCACAUACCAAACAAAGAUUAAGUACAAACAAAU